AUGCAGCGUAGAGACUCGCCAGGAGAAUUAACUAAAAUCCCCAAGCUGAGCACGGGAAGUACGCGGAGGUUUAGAUCACGGCGUAGCCAACCCUCGAUUAGUAGCAUCACGGACGUUUUUGCUGGUGAAGCAGCAAGUGAAGGUAGUAGUGAUUUUUCAGUGAGCGGAAUGAAACUAAGAAGUGAGAAGAAUCGAGAUGGUGAUGAUGAAGAGGACGCCAAGGCCGGAGCGGCUAACGUGAAGACAACUGAUCCAUUCGAGGAAGGGGAGCAGACACUAAUCCGACUUGACCACCACUAUCGCGAGGACCCCGAAGAGCCUGGCGAGGAACCUGAGUGGGAAGAAACCGGGGAAACUCAAGAGCCCUCGGAGCGUUCCGAGGUAGGAAUACGAGAGGAACUGUUGUUUAAGGGGACGUCUAAAUCAGAGACCAAAGGCAAUAGUCGGAGAAAGGAACAAUCCUCUCUAGUCAAGCAGGGCAAGAAUGCGAUGAUGUCGAGCAUAAGUCUAAGAGAAGAGCUACCAAUGAGCGGAAUGAAACUAAGAAGUGAGAAGAAUCGAGAUGGUGAUGAUGAACGGGACGCCGAGGCCGGAGCGGCUAACGUGAAGACAACUGAUCCCUUCAAGGAAAGGGAGCAGACACUAAUCCGACCCGACCACCACCAUCGCGAGGACCCCGAAGAGCCUGGCGAGGAACCUGAGCGGGAAGAAACCGGAAAAACUCAAGAGCCCUCGGAGCGUUCCGAGGUAGGAAUUCGAGAGGAACUGUUGUUUAAGGGGACGUCUAAAUCAGAUACCAAAGGCAAUAGUCGGAGAAAGGAACAAUCCUCUCUAGUCAAGCAUGGCAAGAAUGCGAUGAUGUCGAGCAUAAGUCUAAGAGAAGAGCUACCAAGUUCAAAAGCGAAAAAAAAAGCUUCAAGACGAUGUGCGAUGAGCGCAUGA